AUGGAGAACCGAAAAAGUGACAUUAACGAAGAAAAGACAAACACAGAGAGUCAAAAAAUUAAUCGAACUGAGGAACAAGACAGCAAAAAGGCAAAUCUGGGUGAUGAGACGUUCGUGAAGAAAGCGCCCAGUGAUGACCUCGUGUCGAUACCCGGAGAAGGACGUGCGUCUAAAAUGGGCACGAACAAGGUGGAAACGUCGAACGGGGAGAAAAUACUCAAGCCGGAAAAACUGACCAAACUGAUGCAAGAAAGGGGCGGCAAAAAGGGAGAAGCGAGAGGCAGGAGUGACACUGUCGACAUCAAAAUUGGCCUCAAAAUUGGCCACAAAAUUGGACUCAAAAUUGAACUCAAAAUUGGCCGCAAAAUUGGCCACAAAAUUGGACUCAAAAUCGGCCCAAAAAUCGGCCCCAAAAGUGGCCCCAAAAUUGGCACCCAAAUGGACACUCAGUUCUGCGCCCACUGCCUCGCCGCACCUCCCUCGAAGUGAAUGACCAUUUUGGCAAAGAGGAUCCGGUGCUUGACCUCCUUCGAAAGCGGCACUGAGAGCAGCGGAGGGGGAGAUGCAUCCAACCCGAGGGGUAGCAUCAAAGGCGGGGAGAAAGAUGCUACCAAUGCGGCUUCUACCCCCCCUAGCGGGGAGAAAGAUGCUACCAAUGCGGCUUCUAACCCCCUUAGCGGGGAGAAAGAAGCUACCAACCCGACUUCCCACCCUCCCAGCGCAGCGAACGAGCAGAGGGACACCCUACUCCUGCUGCUGACAAGGGACUUCCGCGUGAAUGACAACUGGGCACUGACCUACGCAUACGAGAUAGCCAAAAAGAAGGGGUUCAGUCUCAUCGCCUGUACAUGCCUAAACAGGAAAGAAAAAGUAACGAACCGAUUUAUUUACACAAAAUUGAAAAUCCUAAAGAAUCUAGAACAGGCAUUGAAGCAAAUCAAUAUCCCCUUCUACUUACUACCUCUGUACAUGAUUGAUGAAUUAGGUGAGUUCAUAAAAACGCAUCAAGUAAAAUUAAUAUCGUGCGAUCUGCAUGUGUUGCAUGAUGAGAAGGCAUUCAUUAAAUCGCUAUGUCAUUUGUGUAAUAAGAAAAAGGUAAAAAUGAUACAAGUUGAUGCGCACAACGUUGUCCCCAUGUGGGUUACUUCCAAAGUGGAGGAAUGCUCAGUAAGGACGAUAAAACCAAAGAUACAGGCCCUCCUACCAACGUUCCUAAUUGAGUAUGUAUCGAUAGAUCCUUUUGAGCAAAAUUUGAAAUUCCCGAAUCCGUUCGAUAUAGAAGAUGUGGUUAGCAAGCUCACCGUGUCUAACACAUGUGCGGUGAUUCCCGAUUUUGUCCUUACCGAAAAGAAGGCGCAAGAAUUGCUGAGCGAUUUUUGCAGGAAGGUCUUGGAUAAGUACAACGUUAAGAGGAAUGACCCCAACAGCGAUGCUGGCAGUGUGCUGCUGCCCUACGUCAACUUGGGGGUCAUAUCUGCCCAGAGGUGCGUCCUAGAGGUGCACAAGCACGCGUACAGCAACCCUUCCAUAAAUGCAGUAAGCGGAAAGGAGUCGUUCAGCGAUGACUUUAUCAUGCGCAAGGAGUUGGCAGACAAUUAUUGCUACUACAACAAAAACUAUGAUAACUUCGAAGGAGGUAGAGACUGGGCAAAGGAAAGUCUCAAAAAACAUGACUCCGACAAAAGAGAGUACUUGUACGACUAUGAAGACUUUAGGAGUGCCAAGACACACAGUGACAUGUGGAAUUGUUGCCAAAUGCAAUUUAUCAAAGAAGGAAUAAUGCAUGAAUUUUUAAAAGUUUUUUGGGCGAAGAAAAUUCUGAACUGGUCAGGCAAUUCUCAGACUGCCCUAAAAUAUGCCCUGCAGUUAAAUGAUGAGUUCUCUAUUGAUGGGAAGACCCCUAGUGGGUAUAUCUCCAUUAUGUGGUCCAUUAUGGGAGUGCAUGACCAAAGUUGGAACGAGAGGAGUAUCUUUGGCAAGGUGCGAUAUAUAAACAGUAACGGAUGUAAACGUAAUUUCGAUAUGAAUGCGUUCAUGUCAAAAUAUCCCAAGGGAAAGGAAAAUGCUUCAAUUGUGAAAAAAAUUCCGACCAUUACAUUUGCCAGUUAUUUGAAGAAGCGGAAAAACGGCCCCGAGGCUCCUCUUCAGGAGUCCACGCGGAAGAAGCGCGGCAAGGGGCCCCUUCGCUGA